UGUCACUUGUGUUGUUUGUGAAAUAGUUGCUUACAGAAAGGAUUAUAAUAAGCAGACAGCAGCAAUAUUUUACAUUAUUAUUUCAAACAGACAACCAACAUCGAUGUAAAUAUGUCAUUAACAAAAACUGAAGCACUAAAAGAAACUGUGACGGUGUUAAUAAAUGCUAUAGGAGAUAAGGAGAACUCGGUCAACAAUGUGGUCAUAAAGUCCCUAACGAAGAUAGCGAAUAACUACCCGAAUGAAGUGAUUGAUAUAUUUUGCGAUUAUUACAAAAAUGCGACAUUCGUCACUAGUAUACAUUUGGGAAAUGUAGUAAAAGUCCUCGAGCAAACAUGCGUAAACCAAGUGAAGCGCCUAGACAAGGCUAUAGCAGAAGAGUUGACGAGCAACAUGCUCCGUAUAAUGACGGAAAACUCGGAACCGGAUCCUGCUGUGCAGAUGGGGGCGUCGGCGGUGCUGGUUGCGAUUGGACAUGAACAUCUAGACUUGGUCCUCCGUUCGCUAAUAAACCAGCUGCCGGCAUCGUCAGUGCCUCACUACACGAUCGCCCACACGCUGGGCACGCUAGCGGCGGUGAACACACGUGCAACAGUGCCGCAUGUUAAGGAGGUGCUGUCCAGGAUGCUGCCUCUGCUGCCGCUGCUGCGUCAGAACGCCAACAAGCAAGCCUUUGCUUACGCAUUCGGCCACUUCGCGGUCGCCGUAUCAGAGCAGAUUGGCGACAACGUCGAAAACGACAAUAUAACGUCCAUCAAAGACAACUUUGUCACCGAAUUCUCUCUCAUAUUCGACGUGUUAUACAACCAAUGGCUAACUUCCAACGAGCCCAGAGUCGCCGAGUCCGUACUGGAGGCCUUAGGCCCCAUCACUAGACUCAUAUCUGAAAGACAGUUCAACGAUACUGUCAAUAAGUUCAUGCUUUCAUUGCUCAGUCUUUACAGAAGACCGCAACUGAAUCUAUAUUACGUCAGUCAAUGUAUAUCGUAUUUGCUUACGCCAUCGGCUCUCAACCCGAAACUAACUUUGCAAGACAGCGUAAUAACCUCUAUAAACCAUGUCCUCUUCAAUCUAGUUCUCAUAGAACCUGAUUACGAUCAGCCGCAUACAGUGAAGAACCAUUUCGAAGUACUACGUUGCUUCGAUCAUAUGGCCACGCAGUUUCCCGAUCAUACCGUCGAAGGCCUCUUACACCAGUGUAAGAAUAAUCAGGAAAAGGACAGAAUGAAAGCUGUCAUCGUCCUCACUCAUCUGAUAACGUCUUCACAAAUAUUUAUAGAAAGAUUCGCUGCGAAGUUUAUAGUUUUACUCAAAAUUAUGAUAGCGAACGAGCAAGGGCUUAAAAUGAAGAAACUCCUCGUUAAAGCGAUCGUAGGAUUGGUUUAUAGAAACUGUAUAACGGUUGCGGAGGAUUUCGCGAUGGUCGAGUUCAUAAUAAAACAUUGUGGCUUCGAACCAGUAGGGAAUAUCCCUAAACAUGAGAUCACAGAUUUGCACGAUACGUGUAAGAGUUCGCUAGUGCUGAUGUGCAAUACUGUGACCAGCGUAAGGACUCCUCUACGUAAUUUAUUGCUUAAUGCUUUGACAAUCGAAGAGUUCACUCCUUCCAUGUCAACCGUCAGCCAUUGCUUGACGUCUUUACUCCAGAAUAACUCUGACGUCAUUGUUGAAGAUCAAAAUGAGAAAGCUGUUGAGCUAAAAUGCUCUCCAGACCUUGUUUUCAUUCGAUGCAUUACUCAUAUAGCUGUCCCUGAGGAAAUCGAAAGGAACAGAAACUUAUUGUUGUUUUUAGAGGAAUAUUCAGGGGAUGUUCAUAAGAAUUUAAAGAAUUCCUGGACUGUUGAGAUUCAGAGGCUGUUAAAGUUUGUAGAGAAGAACGAAUCUCAAGAUCAAUGGCAUGGGAUGUUGCUUGAUCUCCUGGUAUCAGCAGUGGAACAGGUGAACAAUAAUAAGUGGGUAGAAACGAUUGCCACUUUACUAUCCCAACAGAUCAACGGGAAAAAGCAGGGAAAUGUGAUUAAAGGAGUAUCUCUUCAGUAUUUAGCUAUCCUUUCCUGCCACAUGUCUAAUGCUGCUGUUGUGGAAAAAGUGCUAAAACUGAUUCUACAUCAAUUGAGAUCAAUUCCUAUGGAGAUUUCUGAUUAUGUGAGUGAAGCUAUAGGUAUAGCUUCAAGACAGCAUGGAGAAUUCGUGCUAAACGAGCUAGAUGCAGCUUACAAGGACAAUGAAGCUCGAAGAAGCAGCAAAUUGCUUAAUUUCUUAUCAUCAAGAGCGUCUAGAAGCGACGUUGAGCUUGGCAUCGUUAAAUACACCAUCAUUAUUUGCUACGGAAAAGUUGCUCACAAUUGCUUGGACGUCCACGUUUUAGCUAGACUCGGGGAGAAUGUUACGGCGAUUCUGUAUGAAAUUCUAAAGUCUAAUCCGCACUUUGACUUAUGUAAAGCCAGUAUAACGACACUUUACGAAAUAAGCAAAUCAUUAUACCCCGCCUCUCAUCAUAAUAUCACUUUAAGGAACAGAUGGCAGUUGCUCAACGCUGUUUUAGAGCAGAUCUACAACUCAAACCUGGAGAAACGUAAUGUGGAACUGUUUCCAAUGAUUGUAAAAGCUUCUAAAGCGUUAACUAAACUACAAAAAGGUAUACUACCUGAAGAAAGAAACACAAUUCUCCGCGUUUUAUUCAACAGCGUCUUUGGAGAACUAUCCUCUUAUAAAAGGAAAUAUGAAAUAGAAGGGAAUGGAGAUAGAAACGAUCUUUUAGCUAAAACUUUAAAUGACAGCUUGUCAUUAUUACAUAGACUGAUUCAAGAACUGAUCAUACAGUCCACUUGCCUUAGCACGAUCGAUGAUUUAAUCGGAUUGCUGAUCGAAUGGCUUCGACACGAAAAUGAUGAAAUCCGAACUGCAUCGAUACUGAUCUUACAAGUCAUGUUCGACACUUACAUCAAAAACGUUAAACUCAACUAUGAAACUCCAAGCAAGUUUGGGCAGAUGGGCUAUUUACUUGGACUAAUCGUCCCAGGCAUCGCUGACACCAACUUCCCAGUCAGAUUAACCACAAUAGACUGCAUAAAACUGAUCAUACAAAUUCAAGAUCUAUACGAAGGCCACACAAUAGAACCUAACGACGAAUGCAUGGCCGAUUUAGCUGAAAUGCAAAAGAACGUCCUCACAAAUGAUUUAGGAAUGAUAAAUGAUUACUGCAUGAUGUUAUGCGACGUUAUAUCUCCUAAAAUCCCUCAUCAUCACACGAUGCAGUUUGUUGAAAGUUUGCUAGAGGGUUACGAUGACCAGGAGUUAAGAAGUGAGGGGGUUGGUGCGGUUUUAGACGCCCUGUUUGUUAAGCGAGGUCAGGAUUUGUUUCAAUGUAUAGAGAGGAUAGUGGAAGUGGUGUUGGGGACCAUGGAUCGGGUGGGGGAGGUGUCGCGAGAGAAGCUGAUGUCGCCGCUGCUGUCGUUGGCGGGGCACCACACUAAUGCGGUUACUGCUAUGCUGUUGGCGCAGAGGCUGCCUUUUAAAGAAUCGGUAAUCAGUUGCUGGCGCCAUCUAGCGAGAGACGAAGGCCUAGCGAAUGCUAUUGUGGACAACUUCCUACGUCUAAUGGGCUCUAUAGAGCUCUACGAAGACCCGUAUCAUAUCACGGAGAACCAUAUCGCGGCGUUACAGCCUUUGACUCUAAUAAGCGCCCUCGGAGAGAUGCUUCAAGAGGAUACCAUGAACCCGAUCUGCGAGUCCAAAUUCACGGACCUUUUCGCUGUGCUCUACACAACAUUAGCCUGUUAUAUUGAGGCCGAGCCUCCCGCCUACGCGCCGGCUCAGAACAAGUCUCAAGAGCGCUUUGGGUUCAUACCGAAUAGAGAUUCUAUAAGACUGUCACCUGCGAAAAUCACUAUUAACACGUUUAAUGCUUUCUUGGAUAGAUCGGGGUGUUCUAAAGUGAAAGAAGCCUGCUCUCUCUGUCUAAGCGUGGAGCACGGCGAGCCAAGCACGACCAUUCUCGAACUAGCCCCCAUACUGAGUUCAUCCAUCGCUCGGUGCAAACCGGCUUUGUUACCUAAACUAGUAUCCCGGGUGGCUGUACAUGCUAGGAGCGCUUUACCUCCACAGAGAGCCGCGGCGCACGCUGCCGCUCAUGCUGCGUUGACUUACAGAUGCAACGACAACCCGGUCCUCAUCGAGACUGUGCUCGCCAUCUUGAAUAUCGGUUGGAAGGACGAGCACCCUCGGGUCCGCGCGACGUGCCUGCGCGGCGCGGCGGGCGUCGCGCGGCUGCGGCCCGAGCCCCGCGCGCAGGCGCUGCCGGGGGCGUUGUCUGCGCUCAGUCAGGGCAUCGACGCGCCAGUUACACAAAAAUCAACAGACAACGUGCCUCUGGCUGCCAUCCAAGGCCUAAGCCGCCUACUCCUCGACCUAGACAAACUAGACAAAGAACACGAUCGGGAACUGCUCUCCAUCUCCCAGAAAAUACGACCAUUCAUGAACACGGAGUCCGGGCAGCUCCGAGAGAGCUCUAUAAGGCUGUUCGGUAUUAUAGCAGGGCUGGUUAAGGGCGAGCUGGUCGAGCAGGCCGUGAGCUCUCUGCCUUGUUUCCUGCUGCAUUUGUGUGACAACAAUCCCGCUGUUGUUAGGGCAAGCAAAUUCACUCUCAAGCAGGUAUUCAAGAUCUUUAACGUAAAGAAAUCCAACGAUCUCAUCCAAACGCACCUACUAGACGAAGGGCGAUUGUACCUCGACGAGUUUCUAUCGGCGUUGCUUCGUCAGUUGGCGGACGAGAUGCCAAGCAGUGUGGCCAAGUGUAUCCAGAGUAGUGUCAACUAUUUACACUGUGCCAGGGAGGACAUGAAGCCACACCCGCCUUUGUUGAUAGGCCUCCUCUACGCAGAGCUCCACCGCAUAUCGGAGAAGCACCCGGACGACGUCGACCUCGACCCGGAUGUGACGGCCACCGCCAAGACCCGCCUGCUGACCCUCAUCAAGGACGCCAACCCCAUAGUCCGGCAGAACUCGGCCAUGGCCCUGGCUAAUAUAUGCCUGGUCGAGGCGAGCGAUUGACCCGCGACGAUAUAUUGUUACAAGGGUGUUCAGUUUAACAAACGAUUUUGAAUACUGUAUUGCUGUUUACUGUUGUAUCACUUUCACUACACCUUGUAAAACAAAGUCCCCCGCCGCGUCUGUCUGUUUGUAUGAUCGCGAUAAAACCCAAAAACUACUGUACGGAUUUUCAUGCGGUUUUCACCUAUCAAUAGAGUGAUUCUUGAGGAAGGUUUAGGUGUAUAAUUUGUAAACCCGUGCGAAGCCGAGGCAGGUCGCUAGUGUGUGAUAAAAUAAACAAAAACAAAAUGCUCUACUGGUCAAACACCAUAGUAUGGACCUCUAAAAAAAUCUUCAAUUCAAGGGGGGUCAAAUAUCUUUGCUAUAUGAAACAAUUUAAGUAGGAAAGCAGUAUGAAAUAAGGGUUUUAAGUUAUUUUAGGGCAAAAAUCAGUCAUAUUAUAAUUUUACCAGUUUUUAUGGAAUUAUAUGGAUAUGGAUUUAUACAGUCAGUCAUGUUGAAAAAUAUUUUUUUUUAUAGUUAUUGCGUAUUUUGUUUUGUACGGACUGAACACAAUUAUAAUAUACGAAUUUACGCGUUUUAAGUGUUUUGUCUUUUUUAAAUAUCUAAAUGUUGAAGUUGAAAUUGUAAUUAUUUCUGUGAAUUGAUUAUUAGAGCUGUAAGAUUAUUGAUUUUUUUAUUAGAAAAUGUGUGCAUUAUUACGUAAAUAUUAAUUAAAUAUUAAUUAAAUUUAAGAGACUGAAAUUGUUAAAAUAAAUAAAAAGAUUACUUAAAAAAAUCUUUUAUGUUACCUUAUUAUGAAUUAUGCAUAUGCAUUAUGCUUAUAGAGAUAACGGUUAAUGUAGUCAACGCUAUUUGAAUGUGAUAUAGUUAAAUGUUGGUAUUACGGGAUCUCGGGAUUUGUGAACUAACCUUUACCAGAGACGAGUUGAAAAUAAAGAUUGAAUACCUCGAAGCAAACUUGCGUUCUUUUUUAUGUUUUAGAAUUUAGAUAGCGCCACCAGUCGCUAAAAUAUCUUGAGGUCUAAGUACCUUAACACGUUCCCUGUCCGGGUGCCCCCAAUGUGGGGCCAUGAAGCUUUUUUUUAAGGAACACGUGCUAUGGGUUCACAAUUCAAAGUGAAAGCCCACUUGGACGUGACUCACGUGACUUUGUAUGGAGACUGUGAACGAGUUAAGUAAAUAAAGCACAAAGUCUACUGUCAUGUGACGCCAUUUAUAAUAAAUAAUGAUGAAAAACGUAACUUUAAUAAGAGACUUCAGUCUUUAUUAUUUACUUAUCUUAGUGCCAUUUGCACCAUUCCACUAACCCGGGGUUAACCGGUUAAACCGUUAACCCAGUGUCAAAUUGUACUGGUAACCAUGGUAACUCCAGAUUUAACCCGUUAACCCCGGGUUAGUGAAUGGUGCAAAUGGCUCUUAGCCUUAUUCUAGUGAGAGUCAGGAUGGCGGGUGUACCUAAAUAAAAAUAAACAUAAAGCAUACCAUUUUUCUAAUAGGUUAGGGGUAGUGCGGUAUAGGCGGUUGUUUUAGGUGUGCAAAUAAAACUGAUAUCUUUGUCAAUUUAUAUUAUUCAAAAAAUAAACAAACCUUUAAAAACAAUUUACAAUAUCCAUAUAUGCCAAAUGUAAAUUCCAAAGCGAUACAAUUAUAAAUAAGAGUACAAUGUAUUAGUUUUGCUAAAGAAAAGUUAAAGGCGUCUCUUUCGAUUGUCGUGUAAAAGAAAGAGACGUCAACAAUUAUUUAUAAACACAUUGCUUUCUAUAACAAGAAUUAAUGUUGAAAAUUUAUAUGCUAAAGUAGGAUAACAUUCUUUUCAAUUAUAUGGUUAUUUAAUGUAUACCUAAAUACCUAUAUUAUAAAAUAUGCUUUUCAAAUUUGUAUUAAAAUAGUUAUUUACGAUACAAGUGCGGAAAAGAGGAAAUUCGACACGAGUUGCGAAUUACCUAUUCGCACGUGUAUCCUACAACGUUUUACAGUACAUAUGGCCCUUUAAACUUCUGACAUCGCACGAAAAGUGCUAUUUUACGCACUAGUGCGGGAAAAUAGGACCAUAUGUACUGUAAAAAUAUUAUAGAGUUAUCUUUUCAUCAAUAUAAAAUUGAUAUGUGGCCAAUAUUUUAAGGCGAUUCAUCUAACACAUUACUAUCACCAGCUAUCACUAACAAAAUGUAUUGUGGUAUUAAGUUUGACAAUAAAGCUUGCUGUUCA